AUGCAUUUGAACUGUACUGAUUUAAAAGCCGAUGAUCGUUUCACUCGCCAAAAACUUCGAUGCAUUAAAAUUGUUUGUAACCGUUGCUCCUCAAUCGUAGAUCAGUUUAGCGAAGUUAAGGGUAUCCUAGAGACAUUUAAAAUAAAUAUUGAUGAUUCAUUUGAUGAAAAAUUUAAAGGUAUACAAAAUAAUAUCGAGUCAUUCAAUAAUCAGCUAUCAGAAUUUAAGGACCAAGUUAAAAAUUCCGAAUCUCUUUGUUCUCCAGAAUUUAUCGAAACUGUUACUGCAGAAGCAGUUGAUAGAAUGCGCCAUGACAAGAAUAUUCUAAUUCGCGGGAUCGCAGAGGCCCAAGGAGACAGCGCUGUGAAGAAAGAACACGAUAAAGAAAAACUCGAUUUGAUACUGAGGUCGGUUCGACAGCCGAAAUGGUUGCUUUUUAUAGAAUCGGAAAACCAAAUUCUGACAAUAAAUACCCUCGAAUGA